AGUUGUAUUAUACAUGACCGAUAGAGCAAUCCAGAUUUUUAAAAAAUCAUUCAUAAACCGAAAGUAGAGAUAACCGAACUAUGUACAUCAUCGACUGAGGACGUGUUUUAAUGGCGUGUGUAACCGUUGUUGUGUUUUUAGAGUUUCUAGUCCAUUUAGUUGGGGUAUUAACCCCGGGGUGGAUCAGAACUGUCCAGGAUGACAGCUCCGGGGAGUUCAAUAGUACUAAUGCUGGACUGUUCUAUGUUAUGAGGUGCACGAACGAAGGGUGCAUAACUAAAACUAUAUAUGAAGAUUUUCCUAGUCUUGCUUAUCAGGGUGAUGCUUUAUACCCUAGACAAGUCGCCAAUGAAUUCAACGCCAGUCUUGCUAUACUACUGAAUCUUUUGGGAUUGUUCUCGGCACACUGUGCGGCCAGAAAAAACAAAGGAACAGCUAGGAUGGCGCUUAUAUCUAUUGUGCUACAGGCUUAUUCAUUUUUUGUAACAUUCGGUUUCAUUAUGGACUACCUUGUGAUCUACAUCCUGGCACAGAGACACAACUCUGAAUACACUGGAUACACCUACGUCACAAGCAGCACACAGAUGCCAUAUUCCUUGAUCAUCACUGGAGUAGCCUUAUUCAUUCAAGCUUCUGUCAUUAUGUACUUUCUUGCAAAGUUAUGUCGUCUGCUUGACGGGACUUUACUAAACAACGAAUCGCCACCCCCGUAUCAGCCACUUUUAGGUAAUGAUGGGGGCGGCCAUCAAUACACAUACGGGACUUCUAACGAAAAUCAACAUCCGGUUCCUAAUGCUCCUACAGAUUAUCCCAGAAACAACAAUCCAUUUGAAGAAAAUACCAAUCAGCGAUUCAGGAAUGAGAGCAAUGCUUAACUGAUUGAUUUAGUGAUUUAGCCACUAUAUAGCACUGAAUUUGAUAAUUUCAAUAAGAAAACUUCGUCUCUAAGUACAGAUAUGUUGGCAUUAUAUCAGAAAGGAAUAUGACUAUAUCAUCACAAAUUCUACCCAACGAGGGCAAAAACAUUUCAGAUCAUAAUUUAAAUCAAAAUUGGAUUACAAACGUUGAACAGUUUGCCAGUACCUGUGCUUUAAUUCAACAAUGUCUUAAUAGUUGAGCUAUAAACAUAAAUAAUUAUUUUUGGUCUAAUUCUAUCUGAUCUUACUUUAGAAAUAGAUACUUUCAUCAUCUAUGGCCAAGAAUAAGGUCUAAAAUAUUGAAUAUAAUCUUUGUAACAGAAUUUUUGUUUGAAAAAAGAUCUAGAUCAAUUAAAAUUUGCUGUUUAGUGUUUACUGAU